AUGGAAAGUGCUUUUAUAGUUAGCAAAUGGUGCACUUAAUUGACAAAAUCAAGAAAGGAUAAUGAAUUUAGAAUAAAAGCAAAAGAUUUAUCUCAUAUCCCAUAAGAUAAAUAUGGAGACCAUAGUAACAUCGGAACUGAAUAUUCAUGUUUGGAACUAGGAUGCACCAGAUGGUUUGAUACAAACGAUGUAAACUAGAAAAUAUGA